CCUCCUACAGAUAUAGCAGCAGCACUGCGGUGUCUUCAGCACUUCUUCCAGAGCCACACAUACUCCAACUUCAGUUUUGAAACAAGAUUCAAGAUGUCUGAUUCCACCUCUAUUAUGGAGUUUAGUGGGACUCAUCAAGCCUUCAGAAACCGCUGGGCGAAGACGGAUGAUGAGAUGUGCAAGCACAGCAUGUCUUUUCACUUGCACAAAACUUUGAGGAAGGAGUUCUUUGCCAGCUACCUAUAUCUUCUGGAGCAGAUUCCUCUGGUGAAACUCUAUGCCUUGACCUGUGAGUACAUUAAAGGGGAGAAGCAGUUUUACUACAGAGCACAGAACUUCUACAAGGACGUCCCGCCAUCUGAAGAGGGCAUGAUGGGAGAUUUUGUGGAAAUAUCAGACAUUGACCUUGAAGGCUCAAGACAGUUCCUGAAGAAGUUUGUUGGUCCAGGAAAGGCUGGCACUAAGUGUGCGCUAGACUGUGGCUGUGGAAUCGGCAGAGUGUCUAAAGGGGUUCUGUUCCCUGUGUUUGAAUCAAUGGAGAUGUUAGACAUGAUGGAGGAGUUCAUCCUCCACGCUCACGAAUGUUACCUUGGGGAUUAUGCAGACAGAGUGGAGUCCUACUACCUGUACAAUCUGCAGGAAUUCAUUCCCCCUAGAAAGAAAUACGAUGUCAUCUGGAUGCAGUGGGUUGCCUGUCAUCUUACUGACAAGGACCUGAUGGAGUUUUUAAUGCGCGCUAAGGAGAGCUUGAGGCCCAACGGUGUGAUCAUCAUUAAGGACAAUAUGGCGCGGCAGGGCUGUAAACUGGACCCCAUUGACAGCAGCAUCAUUCGCCACUUGGACAUCAUGAAUGGCAUCAUUCAGAGAGCAGGCCUCAACAUCCUGGACGUGGAAAAGCAGGAAGGCUUUCCUGAGGCCAUUGUUCCUGUAUGGAUGAUUGCCAUGCGCUGA